GUACUCAACCUGACGACGGCGUGUUGCUAAGAUACAGCUCACGAAACUAACUUGUUACUUCCUUUUUAACUAUUGAGGAAAUAACUGUUUACACUCAGUUUGCUUGUUAUCGCCGACGAGUGUUGCACCGACCAGAGAUUAUGAUGAAUUAGGGAGAACCGAUGAAAAGAAAGUGGCUGUUUGCUGAAGUGACGCUGGCAGCUCGUUUAUUUCCUCAUUUGGGAGAUUGAAUCCAGCAGUCACAAUGGCAGACAGUGGGAAGACUAAUGAGACUGGAGCUGCAGCAGCAGAACCAGCUAAUGGAGACCAGCAGACUGUUGUUUCUCGAGUGAGCAACUUGCCACUGGUCAGUUCAGCUUGUGAGGCUGUUUCCAGCGCCUACAGUACCACCAAAGACAAUGUGCCCUUGCUGAAGGGAGUGAUUGAUGUAGCAGAGACUGGGGUCCGAACCCUGGGAGCAGCUGCCACCACCGGGUCCAAGCCUCUUCUGGACAUCAUAGAGCCGCAGCUUGCUACAGUAAAUGAAUAUGCCAUGAAAGGACUGGAUAAAAUGGAAGAGAAGCUGCCUAUUCUUCAACAACCAGCAGACAAGGUGGUGUCGGACACAGUGGGCAUGGUGUACCAGUCAGUGACAGGGGCCAAAGACGCUGUGGUGGGGGCUGUGAUGGGUGGUGUUGAACUGACCCGGGCAGCAGUCAGCGGAGGCAUCAGCACCGUCAUGGGCACCAGGAUGGGCCAGAUGGUCAGCAGUGGGAUGGGCAUGGCCCUUAGCCGAUCUGAGGACUGGGUUGACCAGAACCUACCACUCACUGAGAGAGAGCUGGCCGCUGUAGCUGAACCUGCCACAAGUGAGAUGGCUACCCCAUCAGCCAGCCCCAGCUACUUUGUCCGUCUUGGGAAACUCUCUGCCAAGGUACAGGAGAGAGCCCUACAGCAGUCUCUGCUCCGUGCGCAGCAUGCCAGGGAUACUACCCAUGCUGCCGUGUCUCAGAUUACCAGUACUCUGGACCUGCUAGAGAGUGCACGUACCAGUCUGGGUUCUGCCAGCAACCAAAUAGGAGGAGCCUCAGAACAGCUGCUGCAGCGCUGGACAGAGUGGAAGCAGAAGCAAGCUGGAGCUGGACAGACUGAGUCAGAGCCAGAUGGGACCAAAGAUGAGACUGAGCAGCUGGAAGGGCGGGUCCUCUCCAUGGUGCACAGUCUAAGUGACCAGCUGCGGUCAGCGUGCUCCAAUGUGGUGUCAAGUGCUCAGGGUCUGCCAGGAGCAGUCCAGGAGCAGCUGACCAAUGCCAGACGAUCAGCCGAAGAUCUGCACUCCUCUUUCGGGAACACCAGCACCCUCACACCCCUCCUGCUGGAGCGGAGCCGUUACCACUUGACCCAAGUUCAGCAGUCUCUGGAUGGUGUCAUGGAGUACUUGCUAAACAACACACCGCUCAACUGGCUGGUGGGGCCUUUCGCACCUCAGAUCACUGAGAGGGCAGAGAAAGAUGUGCCGAUGGAGCAGGCCGGACCACAGAAAUAGACUUGAAGACUUUGUUGUGUUUCUUCAUGAGUUAAUUUAGUGUGGUGACAGAAGACUAAUGUUUACUGUAGAUGGACCAUUUGAAAAAAAAUACUGCAUAUCAGCUUUAAUGAAAGAGGCCUGAAAUUCAUAUGAUCAUUACUCUUUAUGAUGCACUUAUUAGUGAAUGACACUACAUUUGUGAUGUGAAAGUGAAUGCUAUUUAAUCAUAACCAAGCACACUGAUCUGUGGCCCGAGAGAAUGUAUGAAUUUGUGCACUUUUAUCUUUUCCAGGAUAAAUAACAUUUGUACAUCUGCUCAAAGAUUAUCUAUGUCUGUGCCCAUACUGGUGUUUGAAAGACUUUUUGAUAGAGGAUAAAAAAUAAUUUAAAGCAUUCCCAGAACUAAGCCAAAUUUCUGUUGUCUGCAAAACACCAAGAUCAUUUCAGGGGCCCUAAGCUCCCCUCGUGAUAAUAAAGCAGUCACGAGCGAACAUCUUGACAUUUGACACUUUAACAGUUCAUAAUGCAUUUCAUUUGUUUUUAAAUCACCCAUUUUAAUUUCAGUAUUCUGUGUCUGAACCUUGAUGAGUUUAUGGAAGCAGUUAAUGAACUGUCAGUGAGCUUGACAUGUUAAUAAAUAUUUUUGGACACA